AUGAAUUGUAAUUCUUCUUAUACAACCGAUGAGGAGAUGGAGUAUUUGGAAGAUCAAUCAUUGUUGGGUAUGUCGAUGCAAUUACUGCUCCUGCAAAAGCUCCUUGGCAAGAACGAUUUAUUAUUUAAAUUUGUUGUAUCAAAUGGAAACAGACGCAUUCCUAUUCUUGUAUGGGACGUAGAUCUUAUCAAUAAAUUAUCUAAAGAAAUUUGUUCUAGCAGGGUAGUAAGUAUUAAUGGUGGCCACUGUCGAGCUGUUGCCCCAUCGAAAAUCAAGGACGAAAGUAAUUUGGUCCCAUUUGAAGUAAUAAUAAAGGAAAAUACAGAAGUUUCUUUUUUGGGCUAUCACAACUUACAAAAUCAAACGACGAAUCAACUUCAAAAGGCCACUUUUGAUAACAUACACACUUUAGAAGGACUAAUAGAAAUUUCUGGCUAUAUAAGAACGAAGUUUUCGUUAUUGCACAAUCGUAGUGGCCAUAUGACUUAUGGAUUAGGAGCAAUCACCGAUGGGAUUAAAAAAAAUCACUGUUCAAGUGAAACAGUUUACGGAUGUGAGGAGGUUGAAAUUGGAGAUUAUGUCACUGUUUACAGGAAUAUUAAAAGGCCAAGUUACACGCUAAAGUAUAAUGACUUCAAAGACUAA